CAACGCAUGCGCACUUUGGAUAAUGAAUUUGCACUGCAGAGCAGUGAUGUUGUUGAAAAAGGAAUAAAAUGCACAGUUCCUCCGGGAUGUCAUCAUCAAACGUUCCAGCCUUCUUAACGAAGCUUUGGGCUCUUGUGGAAAAUCCAACAUGCGACGACUUGAUAUGUUGGGAUCAGACUGGGAACAGCUUCCAUGUCUAUGAUCAAGCAAGGUUCUCCAAGGAAAUUCUACCCCUCUACUUCAAACAUAGCAAUAUAGCUAGCUUUAUUCGCCAACUCAAUAUGUAUGGUUUCCGUAAGGUGGUCCAUAUUGAUACUGGUUUGAAGACUGAGAAAGAUGAUGUGGAAUUUCAGCAUUCAUUCUUCAUUCGGGGCCAAGAACACUUGCUGGAAAACAUAAAGAGAAAGAUCAGUGGGGCAGUGCCAAUAGUGAAGACUGAGCCCCAAGCUGUGCCAAAUAAUGUGGACAAAGUUCUGACAGAUGUUGUGGUCCUCAAGGGCAGGCAGGAUACGCUGACAAAUCGACUGGAUACAGUCAAAAGAGAAAAUGAACUCCUAUGGAGAGAGGUGGCUUCCCUCAGACAGAAACACAUCAAACAACAACAAAUCGUAAACAAGUUGAUUCAGUUCCUGGUACAUAUGGUUGGGGGUAACAGAGGUUUGUCAGGGAUGAAGAGGAAGAUGGGUAUGUCCCUGAUGAUUGGUGACACUGAGGAACCCUCAAACAAAGUAGCUAAGUACAGCAAGAGUAUGCAGUCUGUACCAGCCAAGUCCGCACAGAAUUACUCGGUACAAAGCCCCCCAUCCGAAUCAAAUGACUUUGUUGACCAGGGCUCGGGUAUCAUUAUUCAUGAUGUGACGGACAUGGUCAAGAAGGAAAAUGUAUCGCCUGCAGUCCCAGUAGGUGUGUUCAGAAACGCAAACACCGCCCAAGAACAGGCCAGUACAUCCACUCUCGGGAAGUUUGUCAUGCCUGAGGGUUUGUCCCUGCCUGAUGAUGUCACAAACUUGCAUUCUGAUCUGGUUGAUAACAUUGAUAUGUUUACUGAGGGAAUGUAUCCUGACAUAAGUGAGAUUGUGUCCGAGACACCAGCAGAGGAAAAUCAGAAAAACAUGGGGCAGGCUAAGUCAGAUGGUGCUGCAGGGGAGAUAAAUUCGUCACCACGCAGCAUUGCAGUCAACCAAAUCUCCAACAGCUCUAAUGUUGCCCAGCAAAAUCCUCCCGUCCACUCACUCAGUAGACAGCCUUCUUUGUCCGAGAUGUCAGACCACCUGGACACCCUACAGUUUGAUAUUGAUAACCUGAAGGAUGCACUCUGUGGGGGUCAGUACAGCGUUGACCCUAGCUUCCUGUUGGGGCUGUUCAAUCCUGACUCCCCAGUUACAAUUAGUCCAGAAAUGUUUUCAAGUGAAGCAUCUACACCUGCCAAGGAGGAGGAUGAUCCAACAAAGUCCAGUUCAAUUCUAGGUAAUGAAGUGAUGCAGUACAAGCCAUCAGAAGAUGUGAUCCCGGAUCUCUUUGACCUGGCUGAUCUGUCCCAAGCAGAGGAUGACCCUCUGAGUAACUCUUCCAUAGACACAUUUAAAACAAUCGCCUUGGAGACUCCGAAUGUGCAGUUGUCAUCGGAUGAGCUUGACAUUGAUUGACAACAUGAAAUCUGUGAUCUUGUAGCUUUAGUACAGGUCUCUCGGAGAUCCAUAUACCUCAUGGACACAUCUGUGAACAGAUAGGUAGGAGACUUGAUAUGGACAGUUUCCUCUAUAUAAAUCUGUGGAAAUGACACGAUAGGUAGGAGACUUGAUAUGGACAGUUUCCUCUAUAUAAAUCUGUGGAAAUGACACGAUAGGUAGGAGACUUGAUAUGGACAGUUCUCUCCAUAUAUAAACACUGACUGAAACAUUCAUCUGUAUUGGAGACAUCUUGUAUCUUGGCUUCUAAAAUGUCUUCAACCAGAUACGGGAUGUAAAUUGGUGAAGCUGCAUGCCUCCCAUGCAAACAUGGGGUAUAAAUGACAAAGGUCACCUCCAAAUAUAGUUCUUAAACUAUUGAGAUCAGCCCAAGACAAACAAUAGGCCUUAGUUGUUGAAGUCAUUCUCAAACAAAUGAUAAACCUUGGCUAUUGAAUUUGUCCCCCGCACAUGCUGGAUCUUGACUAUUGAAAUCAUCCCCAAUAAAUGAUGGAUCUUGACUUUUGAAGUCUUCUCUCAUAAAUGGUGGAGCUUGGCAACAAGUUGCCUCCAAACAAAUAAUGAAUCUUUGCAAUUGGUCAUCCUGAAAUUGAUCUUGGCAAUUGUUCAGCUUCAUCCCCAAGGAAGGGAUGAAUCUUAGAUGUUGAAGAUCACCAAAUAAACUAUGGAUCGUCAAUCCUGAAGACAUCCCAUAGCAAUGGAUCUUUGAUAUUGGAGUUAUCCCCUACUAUUGGGCGAACUUGAUUCUGACGUGCCGGUGUGCCGGCGGCAAGGUGGCAAUGCGGUAAAAUUACUUGAUUGUGUCCCAAAAGUGCGCGCACAAUUUCAGCAUGUGCCGAUCGGCGUAAAUUCCAGCCGGUUUGGAAGCUUAAGCACCGGCAAACAAGAUGGCGACGUGUUCAACCGAAUGAUUAGACAAAGUUAAAAGUUAAAAGGAUUUCAACUUGUUUUGAGUCUGUCAGGCUAUUUUAGUCAUUUAUAUUGCAAAAUAUGUUGAUUUUGAAUGUUCUGCAGCGUUUGAUGUUUUCAAUGCUUUUGAAAUAUUUUUAUUCAUAUAUAGAUAAAUAAAAUAAAUACAAAUAAAUAUGUUUUGGUCUAUGUCGGCCAUAUUGCAACUGAGCCGCUUUGCUUGAAUGUACGUGCCGUCGGCAAGCUCAAAACCGGCAAGCGGCACAAACGGCAAGCUAGAAUCAAGUUCGACCAAUGUCAUCCCAAAACAAAUAAUUAAUCUUUGACAUUAAAUUAUUUGACCUUAGUUAUUGAAAUCAUUGCAAAACAAUAAUGGGUCUUAGAUAUUAAAGUCUACUCCGAAUAAAUCAUGAAUUCUAGCAAUAAAUCAUCUCCAAACAGACAUUGAAUUUUACUUAAUGUUAUAAUCAUCACACAAAUAAAGAAUCUUGGCAAUAAAUUAUCUCCAAACAAUGGAUCUAGCAUUUUAUGUCAUAAUAAGUGAAGUUAUCUUUGGUUGUGUGAUUUUACUUUGAGAAGUACAUGUUUAGCGUUAGAAAUUAUAUGAAUGCACAAAGAGCAUUGCGUUUGAUUCUAGGUGGUACAUGUAUACAGCAAUAUGUGUAUGAUGGGUCACCUUAUUUUAGAAGUCAUUUAGUCAUGAACAAAUUGUUACGAUUGAUCUUUAUGGAAAAUCUUAUCCUAUUUUAACCACCUGUGAUGGUGAUAACUAAAGGCAGGAAGUGGAUGUAGGAAAAUAACCUGUAAUCAGGAUAAAUUCAUGGCACAUGGCACAGGUGAAAAAAUUGUUUUCAUUUGUGUUUCUAUCACAAAUGCUGGCAAUUUUUUAACCUUUACACAGACUUGGGCCACAUACUCACAACCUACAGCAUUAAAUCAAUCCAUAGUAUAAUUAUGUGUAUCGUUAUAUUUACUGUCAGUUCUUAAGGCAUAUAAAACCUAACAAAGUAAAAGUAUUAAAAUAAGAGAUUAUUGUUAAAUUCUCUGUGCUCUUGUCCACUGCCUUGAGUUAAAAUAAUUUUACAUAGUGUUUCUAGAGUGUAAGGCCAAGUUAAACACUGAGCAUAAUCUGUACAUACAUGUAUAUGUGUGUGAAUAGACAUUCGUAUAUCACAACCAGUGUUACAUUUUAUGUGUAAUGUUUCGUUAACCACACCUUGUCAUCUUCACAAAUUGACCAGUGAAGCAUUGGACUGUCUAUUCAUAUGCAUACGUGUAACUUGAGGAAAAGGUUUCGUAAUAUCUGUACAUACGUGAGUAAUAGAUUAAUUUACUAAGCUGUAACAUAUAAAGAUUUAUUAAGAAAUUCAUCAACAGUUACAAUCUACAAAGUGCAAGGUCAGCUUUGAUGUUGAGCCAAAUCUACACAUUGUUUCCAUACCAAAAUCGGAUUUGUCAAUUUAUUUAUAAUUUUAAUAAUUAUCAUUGUAUAUAAUAAAACUUGUUACAUACCAUUCUCAUUGGGACAUAUCAUGGUAUAACUUUCAACCUAUUAAUAUCUUCUCCAAACUCUUCAAAACUUGUUGCAUUUUAAUAAAAUCAUUAGUUGGUGUAUAACCAUCUGAAAAAAUAGCUAUGUAGCUAUUGAUAAGAGUUAUUUCCCUUUUAAUAUUAGGAUUGAAAUAGUAUUGGUAUAAACUUGUUUGAAUGACUACAUCAGAGUUUUAAAAGUCUCAGUAUUAUAAUACUAUUGUUUGUGGUUGUGCAUAUGUAUAAUGCUAAAUGACCUAACGAUUACUGACAUGUAAGUUGUUGUUUUUUUGUUUGCCUCUAUACAAGCUUUUACAUACAGAAAGACAUGGGAGUACAUUGUUGAUGUACUAAGCAAUGCAAAGUUGUUCAGAAGACUACUGCCUCUACAUUUUGUCACAGUGAACCAGUUCUGGUAGUUUACUAAACUAUUGCCACUUCACCUUACUUUAAUAGGAAUAUCAACAUGGAAUAUCACACUUAGGAUUGACUGUCAUGUAUCUUUGCUGCAUUCUAAUAGAUUAUAUAACUAUCAAGUGUUUGGGAGGUAAUUAUAAUUCGCAGAUCCAGAUAUGUGUGUAUUAAAUUGAUCAGACAUAAUACUAGUGACUUUUAAGUUACCUGGUACAAAAUACCUGUGUCAGGAUUUCCUUAAAACCACUACAGCACUUGCCAUCCCUUCAAGGCCAAGGAUUUAAAUGUGUUGAAACAUUUGAACGACUUCUUUACAUUACAGAACUGUAUGUCCUUCAUUCCAGCUGGCAGGAAACCAAAUAUAAAAUUAGAGUUACACUGGGGCUGUAUCGGCUGUAAUGAACUUUUUUUGAAGUUACUCCUGGUGUUGGAAUCUGUACAGUUGCUAUAAUUAACAUUGGGGUGUCGCUGACCAAACAAUUGUAUCUUUAAUGUUAAAGCUAUCAUUUAUCUGUUGUACUUGUUGUUGUUUUAACUUGUGUAUUUAAGAUAUAAGAAAACGUUUUGUUUUCAUGCUUUAUUUUUUUAUUGUGAAACCUUAAUUGAUUCAUGUUGAAUGUUUUAUCAUAAUGAAAAUGUUGAAUGUUGAAUUGCUGAUGGAAAACAAUAUUUUACAUGACAUUAGCUACAGGAAGUUAUUUCUCAACCGUUUUUCAGCCAUCAGGCACAGUCAAUAUGUUUCAUCAGACUUAUUAUUAUGCAUGCUAUUUAAUUGGCAAAAUUUUAAUGAAUUUAAUUUCAGCUACAAGUUAAGAUUCUGCAUUCUUCUUCUUCUGUUAUACCUGAUAGGCACUGUGUGAUACAGGGGAAAAUAUAAUUUAUCUGUAAAUAAAUAAGAAUGUUAAUCUCCUUUCAUUUUUGCAGAAUCGUCAAUUCUGAAAUAUUAAGCUGAACGAAGUUUCACAAAUAAGCCCUCAUUUAGUACUAAAUUGUUACACAAGUGUAGGGGGCUUAUUUGAGGAUAACUACAGUAAUCAAGUGUGACUGGGAUGAGGUCAUAUGUUCACACAAAGUAUUCUUGUUUUAAUGAGUGAGUAUAAUCAUUUGAUAACAACUUUUAAUCGCCAUCGUCAUUAACAUAUUUGUUUAAUAUAUUCAUUAUCAUUAAUGGUAAAAUGAAGACUUAGGAUCUGAUAUUUUAAUUAUAUUUUGUAUAAUUAAUGCAUUUUAAGGUUUGAAAUGUUUUCAGAUAUUUUGUUAUAUGAAUAAGAAAACAUUAUAGGCCAACAAAACAAAUUAAUUCUAUUAAUUAGACAUAUAGAUAACUUUGAUGUAUGUCUGUAGAUGUAGCUAGUAUGGCCAGUACAUCGUAUGUUGUAUUGGGGUUCAGAUAUCUGGUAGAGAAAUUGGUAUUUGUUAGCUAUAUAUAGUGCUGCUGCGAUUUGUACACUUAACCAAUAUGCAAGUUAGUUGUUAAUUAUUUCAUUUACGUUUGUCUUCACCAUUUCUUUUGGAGUUGAGACCCUUUAAAAAAAAAUUACUUUAGGAGUACUGCGUGUUUCAAUGAACCUUUUCACACUUUGUGUUAAUUAUCUAAGAUUCUUUUCACUUAAAAGUGUGAUGGUAGUCAACAACAGAUCACUUUCUUUGCUGAAAAGUCUUUCAUAUUUUAACCAUCUCUUAAUCAAGAAAAAAAUCAUUUCCACCAAAUCUGAACCCAUUAGCCUGGUUUCAUAUUUGGAAGCACAUCACAAAAGAUAAAUAAAAAAAAAAAAAAAAUAAAUAAAUAAAAAUUAAAUAAACAUGAUCAUGACAGGGAAGAUGUCCCAACUAUUAAUUUUUUUUUUUUUUUUUUUUUAACAAAAUCAUGUUCAUUCAGUUAUUGAUGUUGGAGGAUCUUUAGUUGUUAUGUAUUGUUACCCGACACUGAUUGACAUAUAUUGUUGAUAUAAUGUAUUGAUCAGUUUUAAGCUUAUUGUUUUACUAUCACUGUACAAUUAAUUCAUGUGUCUUGGUUAAGAGGCCUUGCUGUUUAGAAGGGUCUUUCUUAGCAGAGAGCUGUAAGGAAUGAGAUAUUUUGUAUACGGGGAGGCUGGGGUGUAGUUGCUAUGCAUUAAUGAAAUACAAAUGUAGGACAGACGAUUGUAUACUGAAACUGAUCAUUGUAAACAGCACGAAUAUCUGUAUGUUAAUUAAUGUAAAUUAUAAGUCAUGCUGUCAUACGUGAUAUGUACAUAUAGAGUGUGUGAGCAUGCGUGCGAGUGUGCAUGAGCUCAAUAAAAAAAAUGGCCACUGAAUAUGUGCAACUGCAAAAUGCUUGUGUGUGUGUGUGUGCACAUAACCUUUAUAAUGUAAAUUAGAAGUCACAUGUGCAGUUAUGUGUUAUCAUGUACAUUCAAAAUUUUGAAAUAAACCAUCAAAGCAAA